AUGUUUUAUGAAUAUAAGGGUGAGGGCAGUGUGGUGGCGUCCGGCGUAGUUGGCGUGCAAGUAAACCCGCGUACAGGCUCGCGGCUGAAAGCGGAAGUGAGAUGCGACGGUGCGCCGACGUUGCCACCUUCGCCACGUUUCACCAGACACAAUCACAACCAUCUUGGUGUCGGAAGUACUGGCACUGGCGGCACGGCAGAUGGCGCUGGCGGCGACGCGACAUGCGCGCGGGCUUGCGUGCUCUGCGCGUGUUGCGGUUGCACGCUGCGUGAAGCGGCAGCACGCCACGAGCAACGAGUCGCCGCUAACGAGCGCCUCGAACGAGCUAACCUCGAAUGGAAACAGGUGGCGGUCGUAGCAGAUCGCGCGUUACUAGCUGUAUUUGUGCUAGUAACAACUAUCGCUACAGCGGCCAUACUACUGCCGCAAUUAAACAAUUUGCACGUCGGAAACACGCCUUUAAAGCCACCCACUUAGAGUUUAAUGUUGUACAGGUGGGCAAAAAGACUAUAACCAACGAAUUAAAUCGUCGCGUCAGUGUACGAAUAGAUGGUGAAAAAAAAACUUAAAGCUGAAGUGGUGAAGAUAAGUGGGAUGUUCGUGUGUACAGUGCAUAGUG